GAGAAGUUGAAGAAAUCAUUGAGUGGCAAACGAUUCUUCUUGAUAUUGGAUGAUAUCUGGGUGAAGACAAGGAACGAUCCACAGCUGGAGGAACUAAUUUCUCCGCUCAAUGUUGGGAUGAAAGGAAGCAAAAUUUUGGUGACGGCUCGAACAGAAGUUGCAGCUAGAACUCUAUGCACUGAUGAACCUAUUAAAAUGCCUGAUUUAGAUGAGGUUGGAUACUUGUUGAUGUUCAUGCAUUACGCACUGGGUGGUACAAAUGUUGUUGAAGUGGAAUUUGUACCAGUCGCGUGGGUGAUUGCAAAAAAGCUACAUAGAUCACCUAUUGCGGCUGUAACAGUUGCAGGACAGCUUAGGGCACACCCAGAUAUCCUCUUUUGGAAAAACACUGCAAAUCUUGACUUGUUGAAUGACACAAUGGGUUCUCUUUUCUGGAGUUAUCAGCAGCUUAAUCCGGACAUCAAGCGAUGCUUAGAGUACUGCAAUAUUUUCCCCAGAAGAUCGAAGUUGACAAGGGACGAGUUAAUUCAUCUUUGGAUUGCACAAGGGUUUUUAAAGACCAGCUGUGCAACAGAGGACAUGGAAGAUGUAGCUGAGGGCUAUGUUCAAGAGUUAGUGUCGUGCUCAUUUCUACAGCUAGAAAAAAGCUGGUAUGAGACCGAUCAAUUCAGAAUUCAUGAUCUGAUGCAUGAUUUAUUGGACAAGAUCACUGGAAGGGACUACUUAAUAAUCGAGAAUGCAGAGAGUGAUACAGCAGAAGGUUGGAAAGGAGUUGUUCCGCGAGAUGUCCGCCAUCUUUCUGUUCAGAAUUAUGAUGGAGAAUUGAUUAUUAAGAACAUCCUUCGAUUGGAAUGUUUACGCACUCUCAUUAUUUAUGGUGUUGAAAGGAGUAGACCAUUUGAGGUACAAUUCUUUGAGAAUAUAUGCAAGAGGCUACCAAAAUUACGGGUAUUGGUCGUUCAAUUCAGCCUGGAAUAUGAUCCAGUCGAACAACCUAUUAAAUUCUCGAUCUCAGAGUCCAUUAGUCAUUUAAAGCACCUACGCUAUCUUGCUUUGAAGACAAAUGCUAGUUGCACGGUAUAUUUACCAUGGGCGCUAACUAAACUUCACCGUAUCCAGCUACUGCAUUUUUCUGUAGAAAUUUUUGAAUUUUCCUUUCCUGGACUUAUCAACCUGCGGCACGUGUUCUCUAGGUCAAAAGUGAAAUUUCGUAACAUAGGCAGCCUGAUCUCACUCCAAACGAUACCACACUUCACAGUAAGGAAUGAACAAGGGUAUGAGGUAAAGCAGCUAAGGGACCUAAACAAGCUAUGUGGCAGCCUGGAUAUCUAUGGCCUUAAAAAUGUGAAAAGCAAGGAGGAAGCACUUGAAGCAAAUCUAGCUUCCAAGGAACGGCUCACUAAACUGACAUUGUCAUGGGAUGGUGAUGAUGGUACAAGGUGCAGUCCAGAAGUGGAAGCAGAUGUACUUGAAGGCAUGUGCCCUCCCGUUGGGCUUGAAACACUAGUUAUCAGACACUACAAAGGUACGAGGUACCCAUACUGGAAUGGUACCCCAAAGGACCUACAAAACCUUCAUUUCAUUUACUGUGGCCAACUGGGAUGUUUCCCUGGACUUGAGGCUUUCUGUCAUCUUCGUUCGCUCCAUCUUUUGUACUGCGACUGGUACACCUUACCAGGCAAUAUGGAGCACCUCACAUCACUAAAGAAACUGGAAAUCAUAUCUUGCCAUUAUAUCCAGUCGCUUCCAACACUGCCAGAGUCGCUUGAGGAGUUUGAACUUCUAUACUGCAAUGAUGAGUUCAUGGAGUCUUGUCAAACAGUCGGACAUCCAAACUGGCAAAAGAUUGAGCAAAUCCCAGAGAAAAGAUUUAAUCCAAUAUUCUUAAAAGAAGAAGAAGAAGAAGAAGAAGAAGAAGAAGAAGGA